AUGCAGUCCCUCUUGCGCGGCCUGCCUUUGUUUGGACUUCUCUCCGGCCUCUUGGCUGGUGUACAUGGAUGCCAGACAGACGACGACUGCAGUCUCAACGGUAUCUGCGACCAAGAUGCCACCUGCAUUUGCGAUCAAGGAUGGCGUUCCGCCGACUGCAGCGAGUUGGAUUUACAGCCUGUCGAGCGCUGGACUGGAUACAACCACACGAACGCGACAGGCCCGGAUUUCUACAAGGAGGGCGCCGGAAACUCUUCCUGGGGAGGCCACAUCAUUCAAGAUUGCUCAGACAAGAGGCUCUUCCACCUCAUUACCUCGCAAAUGUCACACGGCUGCGGUCUCUCCGGCUGGAGGCCUUUCAGCACCAUCAUCAGGGCUGAGUCUCGCACGGGGCCGAGGGGCCCGUACAACUACGCUCAAACCUUGUUUAGCACUUUCCACCACAAUCCGACGACCAUCUGGAGCCCGGCUGAUGAAAAGUUUCUAAUCUACUUCAUCGGUAAAGACGUCGAGGUCGGUGACGUCUGCAAAUCUCAAAAAUGGAACAACACAAUCUCGGUAUCCUCGUCCCCGGACCUCAGAGAAUGGACGACGCCCAUCCCGCAAGUCAUCAAUGUCACAAACCCGGCGCCAUGGCCGCUGUGGUCAAACGAGAACCCUACCCAUGAAAUUCUACUCGCUGUGGAGAAGAACAACAUCUAUCACGCAGACAACUUCGCCGCCCCGCAUGAACUUGUUGUAGAACCACGCAACACGGAGCGUAGCGAAGAUCCGUUUCUUUGGAGAGACAAGCGAGGUCACUGGCAUAUUCUGGUCCACCACAUGAUUGAUAUUGCGCAAGGGCGAAAAGGGCCGCACGUUGGAGCACACGCUUACGCUCGAAAGUGGGAGGGCCCUUGGACGUACGACAACAAUACCUUGGCUUACAACACCACUGUUGAGUUUACCGAUGGCGUCAAAUUAGACUACUAUCGCCGGGAAAGACCAAAGUUGUACUUCAGCGAUGACGGUCAGAUGAUUCCGCUAUACUUGCUGAACGGGGUGCAAGAGUUCAACACUUCGGGAAGUUAUACCUUGAUUCAACCAAUUGGCAAGGAAGCAAAGAAGUUUGAAGAGAGCCUUGGACUCGAUUGA